CUUGUUUCUACUAACAUAUUUUGUAUAAUGUGUGCAGCAAGUGCAUAGCAGUAUACAACACUGUUGCUCCACCAAUAGUUCUGAUUCUAUCUGGCCACAGGGACAUCACCUGGAAGUGGGAAAAGAAUUUUGAAAUGGAGAGGGAAAAACCUCCGAUCCAUUCUGGUAUUAGGAAGUGACGAGCGUCGAAGAUGUCGUCCGAUGAUACUGUGCCGAGAAGGCCGCAGAAGGUCAAGCUUACAGUGGAGUUGACUCCAGAUAAAUUAUUGCAAUUUGUUGAAGGUGGUGUCAUGGUAACAAUCAAUGAUAUCAAACAUUCAAGCUACAUGCCGCCACACUUGAAAACUUAUUUUCUAGAGAAAGAAAAUCUUUCUAAGGACAUCGAGGAGGAGAAUGUAGAGCGCGAGAAAUUUAAGAAAAAUAAUGCAGCCAUUACAAACACUUCAGACCACAACUCUGAGUGCUUUGGAUGCUCUGGCAGCAUCUGUGGAAACCUAUUGGGAGCCCUGGGCUCGUGCAAAGUGAGUUCUGGUAGUGUAGAGGUAGUAGAACAAAUAAUUGAUAAUAAUGAUGAUGAACAGGUGGGAAGCCAUGCAACAGAGUAAAAGAUCAAAAUGACUGAUAAAUAUAUUUCUCAUAAUAGUUUAUUAUGCUGAGGGAUGUUCUACAGUCACAGAAUGGAUUGAAGAACUUUUGUCAAUAAAUAUAUUAGCCAUUUAAUUUGACAUCUACUAUCCUGUCUCAAAAGUUGGGUUGGCAACAAUUCUGCACUGGGAGCUACUUCACGUUUGAAAUUUGCAAUGACAAAAGAUUGCACAUGAACAGUUUCAAUUA